UUGUGGCUUAUGUUAUAAAGGAGCCAAAAAAUAAAUAGAUUAGAGCAUCUUUUUGGGGGGGAGGGAAAUCAGUGGGUCUGUGUCUUGGAGAAAGCUGGGGUUUUUUUUUUGUUUUUUUGUUUUUUUAAGAAGAAAAAAAUAAAGGGAACAAAAUCCAGCAGAGAAAAGAAGAGAGAGAGGAAUUCCAGCUGUGGAGGAAUAGAGAAGAAGAAGACAGAUAGAGUAGGAAGAACAGAGAAGUACAUUUUAACCCAGGAGGAGUUUUGUUUUUGGUUUUUUUUUUGUUUUGUUUUAUUUUAUUUUAAAAGGGGGGGGAAAUCUACAACCAGGAAAGAAAGAAAGAAAAAAAGAAAAGGAAAAGAAACUGAGAAGGGUUAUAAAAAGAGCAAAUACCCAAGAAGGGUGAACAGGAGAAGAAAGUCAAGGCAAGGAGGAGCCCAAAGCUGGCAGAUCGGGAGGAUUUGCAGGGGAGAAGGGGGGGGAAGAUUGGAAAUGCAGCUCUGGAGUUUGCUGCUGCCUCUUGCGCUUCUUUGUACAGCCGUAGCCAGUGGACCCGAAUGUGGGAUGGACGAGCGCUCCCGCAGGGCAAGAAGGGACACCAGGCACACCCGCCAGACCCACGACACCGCCCCGGGCACCUGUGCCACCAGGUUAGCCCGAGGCAGGCGUUCCACUGCUAGUCUGGAGCCUCUGCCCGUCCCCCGCAGGAGGCAACGGCGGGAGGUAAAGGGCGAAGGGGAUUCCCUUACCCCAAGCAGGGCGCUCUAUUUCAGUGGACAAGGUGAUCAGCUGCGGCUGAAAGCAGAUAUUGAGCUGCCCCGAGAUGCCUUCACUUUGCAAGUGUGGCUGAGAGCUGAAGGAGGACAGAGAUCACCAGCUGUCAUUGCAGGAUUAUAUGACAAAUGUUCUUACACCUCCCGUGACCGAGGAUGGGUCCUGGGGAUUAACACCGUCAGUGACCAGGGGAAUAGAGACCCCCGCUAUUUCUUCUCGCUGAAGACGGACCGUGCUCGCAAGGUCACCACCAUUGCCACUCAUCGCAGCUAUCUUCCCAACCAGUGGGUGCAUCUGGCUGCCACAUACGAUGGGCACUUGAUGAAACUCUAUGUGAACGGAGCCCAGGUGGCCACGAGUGGGGAGCAAGUGGGCAACAUCUUCAGCCUUCUGACCUUGAAGUGUAAAGUGCUCAUGAUUGGAGGAAAUGCCCUGAAUCAGAACUAUCGGGGUUACAUAGAACACUUCAAUCUCUGGAGGACAGCCCGGUCCCAGAAGGAGAUCUUGUUUGACAUGGGCCAGGUGAUUCAUGAACUAGACACCCCUCUACCUCAGCUAGUUCUUCAGGAGAGUUUACUGAAUGUGAAAAACACCUGGUCUCCCAUGAAGGAUGGCAGCAGUCCUCAGAUCGAAUUCAACUAUCACCAUGGCUACUUGUUGGAUACCAGUCUGGACCCUCCUCUUUGUGGGCAGACAGUCUGUGACAAUGUGGAGGUGAUCGCCAGCUACAACAAGCUCCCCCGCUUCCGCCGCAAUAAGGUGGUGCGCUACCGGGUGGUGAACCUCUAUGACGACACAUACCAGAACCCCACCGUCAGCCGGCAGCAGAUUGAGUUCCAGCACCAGCAGCUGAAUGAGGCCUUCAGCCGCUACAACAUCACCUGGGAGCUGGAAGUGCUGGACGUGAAGAACUCAUCCCUCCGCCACCGCCUCAUCCUGGCCAACUGCGACAUCAGCAAGAUCGGAGACGAGAACUGUGACCCCGAGUGCAACCACACGCUGACUGGGUACGAUGGAGGGGACUGCCGGCACGUGCGUCAUGCCCUGUUCCACAAGAAGAAGCAGAACGGCGUGUGCGACAUGGAUUGUAACUAUGAGAGGUACAACUUUGAUGGUGGGGAAUGCUGUAACCCGGAGAUAACUGAUGUAACCAAGACAUGUUUUGAACCAGAUUCUCCUUACAGAGCAUACUUGGAUGUCAACGAACUGAAGAAUAUACUCAAACUCGACGGAUCCACACACCUCAACAUCUUCUUCGCUAAUUCCUCUGAGGAAGAGCUGGCUGGAGUGGCAACCUGGCCUUGGGACAAGGAAGCCUUGAUGCAUCUAGGUGGCAUCGUGCUGAACCCUUCCUUCUACGGCAUCCCUGGCCACACACACACAAUGAUCCAUGAAAUCGGGCACAGCCUGGGGCUCUAUCAUGUCUUCCGGGGAAUCUCUGAGAUCCUCUCCUGCAGUGACCAGUGCAUGGAAACCGAGCCCUCCUUUGAGACUGGAGACCUCUGCAGCGACACCAACCCUGCUCCAAAGCACAAACUGUGUGCGGACCCUGGACCUGGCAAUGACACGUGCGGUUUUCACAGUUUCCUAAACACACCGUACAGCAACUUCAUGAGCUACGCAGACGACGACUGCACCAAUUCCUUCACACCCAAUCAGAUGGCGAGAAUGCACUGCUACUUGGAUCUGGUGUACCAGAGCUGGCAGCCUGUCAAGAAACCUGCUCCAAUUGCCAUUGCCCCGCAGAUCGUGGACCGAACUUUGAACUCCAUCACUCUGGAAUGGUUUCCUCCCGUUGACGGUCAUUUCUUUGAAAGAGAAGUGGGAUCAGCAUGUGAUCUGUGUACAGAAGGAAGAGUCCUGGUGCAAUAUGCUUUCGGUGCUUCUUCACCAAUGCCAUGUGAUCCAUCUGGGCACUGGAGUCCACGGGAAGCAGAAGGUCACCCUGAUGUAGAGCAACCUUGUAAACCCAGUGUCAGGACUUGGAGUCCCAACUCAGGGGUCCACCAGCACACAGUACCGCCAGUCUGUCCCGAGCCCCAGGGCUGCUAUCUAGAGCUGGAGUUCCGCUAUCCCUUGAUCCCAGAGUCCCUCACAGUCUGGGUGACAUUUGUCUCCACGGAUUGGGACUCCAGCGGAGCAGUGAAUGACAUCAAGCUGCUGACCAUCGGCGGGAAGAACAUCUCUCUGGGGCCCCAGAACGUCUUCUGCGACAUCCCUCUGACCAUCAAGCUGAAUGCCAAACAGGUGGGCGAGGAAGUGUACGGCAUCCAGAUCUACACCUUGGAUGAGCACCUGGAGAUUGAUGCGGCCAUGCUGAGCUCCAUCCCACGAAGCCUGCUGUGUACAGACUGCAGACCCAUCCGGUACAAGGUGAUCCGGGACCCUCCCUUCCAGACUGGUUCUCCGUUUGUCAUCUCAAACCUCAGCAGGAGAUUCGUGGACACGGAGUUGAGUGACAGCAUCGUGUAUACGUACCAGGUUGCCGUUAUUUCUGGAACAGAGGAGAGUGAACCCUCCCCCAUGACUGUAUAUACUCAUGGAAGUGGAUACUGUGGAGAUGGGAUUAUCCAAAAAGAUUUGGGGGAAGAAUGUGACGACAUGAAUAAGAUCAACGGCGAUGGCUGCUCCCUCUUUUGUCAGCAGGAGCUAUCCUUUAAUUGCCUUGACGAGCCCAGCAGGUGCUACUUCCAUGACGGUGAUGGGGUAUGUGAGGAGUUUGAGCAAAUGACCAGCAUCAAAGACUGUGGGGUUUAUACCCCCAAAGGCUUCCUGGACCAGUGGGCUUCCAACGCGUCAGUCUCUCAUCAUAGUGACCAGGGGUGCCCAGGCUGGGUGGUCAUUGGUCAGCCAGCAGCAACUCAGGUGUGCCGAACUAAGGUGAUGGACCUGAGUGAUGUGGUGUCUGAGUAUGCCUGGUAUCCCUGCACAGCCAACUUACCGUAUACCCAUAUGGCUCAGACCAUUUUCUGGCUCAAGGCAUAUUUUUCUCAGCCCAUGGUAGCUGCUGCUAUCAUUGUCCACUUGGUCACUGAUGGAACACACUAUCUGGAUCAGAAGCAGGAAACGAUCACUGUGCAACUGUUUGACACCAAGAAGCAAAACCAUGAUCUUGGUGUCCACGUUCUGAGCUGCAGGAACAAUCCCCUGAUUAUCCCUGUGAUCCAUGACCUCAGUCACCCCUUCUACCACACCCAGGCUGUCCUCAUUAGCUUCAGCUCCCCGUAUGUGGCCAUCUCUGGGGUGGCCCUCCGUUCCUUCCACAACUUCGACCCCAUCACCAUCAGCAGCUGUCAGAGAGGACAGACCUACAGCCCGGCAGAGCAGAGCUGUGUCCACUACUCCUGCGAAGCCACUGACUGUCAAGAGCUGGAGAUUGAGAAUGCUGUGCUGAACUGCACCAGUGGUGAACUCUACAACGGUGCCCAGUGCAGUGUGAGUUGCAAGAUGGGCUACAUUCUACAAGUACAGCGAGAUGAUGACCUUGUCAAGAGCCAGCUGGAGUCCAGCAUCACAAUGACUUGCACGGAUGGGAAAUGGAACAAACAGGUGGCCUGUGAACCGGUGGAUUGUGGCAUCCCAGACCAGUACCAUGUCUACCCAGCCAUGUUCAACUGCAGCGACGGUACGACUUUUGGAAAGAAAUGCUCCUUCAGUUGCCGACCUCCGGCACUGCUGAAAGGAAACAACAGCAACUUGACAUGUAUGGAAGACGGGCUGUGGUCCUUCCCCGAGGCCCUUUGUGAGCUGAUGUGUCGAGCUCCAUCUCUAGUUCCUUAUGCAGAUCUUCAGACUGCCCGUUGCCGUGAAGAUAAGCACAAAGUGGGCUCCUUUUGCAAGUACAAAUGCAAACCAGGUUACCAUGUUCCUGGCUCCUCCAGGAAAGCAAAGAAGAGGGCCUUUAAGAUCCAGUGCAUGCAAGAUGGCACCUGGCUAGCUGGAGCGUGCAUGCCCGUCACCUGCGACCCGCCACCCUCAAAGUUCCAUGGGCUGUACCAGUGCACCAACGGCUUCCAGUUCAACAGCGAAUGCAGGAUCAAGUGUGAGGAAGAUGACAAUCAAUCAGGACGAGGUAACAACGUGAUUCACUGCCGGAAGGAUGGCACCUGGAGCGGCUCCUUUCACCUCUGCAGGGAGAUGCAGGGCCAGUGCUCUCUUCCCACUCAGCUCAACAGCAACCUUAAGCUGCAUUGUGCGCACAGCUAUGGAAUAGGAGCCGAAUGCACCACCUCGUGUACGGACCACAAUGAGCCCAUCCUGCUGCGUGUGAAUGAGACCUUACAAGACAUCCAGCACUGGAUGAACCCUCAACGAGUGAAGAGCGUUGUCUGCACAGCAGGACUCAAGUGGUAUCCACACCCAGCGCUGAUUCACUGCAUCAAAGCCUGCGACCCUUUCAUGGGGGACAACUACUGUGAUGCCAUCAAUAACCGAGCCUUCUGCAACUAUGAUGGAGGGGACUGCUGCACCUCAACAGUCAAGACCAAAAAGGUUAUUCCUUUCCCUAUGUCCUGUGAUCUACAAGCAGAAUGUGCUUGCCUAGACCCCAACGCUCAAGAGAACAGUCAGAAGGAUGUACGCAGCUUCAAUCGCGGGUAACGUCCGGCAACAUGAAAUGGAUGAUCACACCGCUAAAGGCAGGCUCGGAGAGACACCACAUCCCUUUUUGGUAUUGUCUUUAACAUUUAGCUGCUCAACUGGAUGGCAUUUCUGCACCAGGGACCUUUAGAAUUCAACCAGUCUGCCUUUAAUUUUUGUCCAAGGAGAACUCAAAGUGGGGGGUUAUGUAUUAAGUAUAUCUUAAAUAGCAAAAACAACAAACAAGCAAAAAGAAAGAGUCGAGUCAAGACUUUUAAGUUUCAAAACAGCAUGUGUUUAUGCAGUUGUGUGCCCACCUAAUUUGAACUGUUUGUAUCUAGAUCUAAGGCGAGAAACAAGCCAUAUAUAUAUAUACAAAUUUAUAGAGAUAAAUAGAGAGAUUGAGAUCAAAGCAAACACACGUUCCUCUCUCCAGCGCUCAUAACUCAGACCAUUCAUGGAAGAGGCUGAGUUCUCGGAUGAAACCAGGCCAAGCCUAUACUGAUGCUGAAUGCCAAGGUAUCUAAUGCCCAGGGAACUGAGGUUAGGAUGGGUUCACCACGGGACCAUGCAUCUUGGCGAAUGUCUUUCCAAAUGGCCAGACGGCUGAAAUGUGGGUUGCAUUAUCUUAUCAUGGAAAUAUUACACCCAGGCUAGGAGCUUUGCAAACUGUACUGGGCUUUUCUGCGCAGCUGCACUGGCCUCCAUUCAGCUUGCAAAUUGCAGCCUACACAUGGGAGAAACUCCGAAAUGUUUGCUGGUGGGCAGACCGUCCCGUGGUGAAACAAAGGCGGGUGCUAGCGAGUGGAUGGGCUGAGGAUUGGCACUGAUGAGUUAGGCUGGCACUGAGGAUUGGAGAUUAUUGCUCCUGAGGGAAUAGGGAGGGUAAAUCAAACCCCCAUACUUGUCGUUUGAGCAUGUCUGCUGCUGCUACUCCUGCUGCUAUGUCCCAUACAACUAGUUUCUUUACUGUGUCAGGACAGGGUGACAACAACCCCAAGCAACCAAACAAUCUGCCUUAAAGCUUACCUACAACCUGCCUUUCAGACCCUCUGGUUUUCUCCUCAGCACUGGGGCAAGAAAUCAGGACACCAGCCAGCCAAGGAGAUUUGCUGCUUCACCUCCAGCUAGUCAAUGGUUCUGCUUAAACCUCCUCCCCUCCCUUUUGGUAUAUUAUAUUGAACAACCUUUUCGUGUUCCUGUUGGCACAGGAGAGGCUGGAGAAGAGGAGAGGGAGAGAGUGCAAAGGCAUGAGCCAAGUGGAAAGAAUGGUUGGGGACAGGAUUAGACUUUUGAACCCAGUUUGUCAGUAUUAAAUUCCCAGGCCUGUGGACGAUACAUCCCACAGAGCAACUUCAGAGCAGAUCAGCUGCUUGGAAUCUUCCAAAAGGAAGGGCAUGAAGAGAGGUUACCCUCACACCUCCCAUCUGCCCCUUCCUCCCCACCUCCAGUUCUGGUCCAGAAAGGUGCACUUUCCACCAGCUGCUCAGUCAUGUCUUAAUUGGGAUUCAGCAUCCUCUGGUUGCUUCAGAUCCCAUCGAGUCAAUCUGAUACCCAAUGGAGCCAGUGCAGACAUUGCUGCUACAACCCAUUCCAAACAUAUCCCUAAAGUCUGCACACUAACAGCUGGAUUGGCAUCCCUUAGUUUAGGGCUCCUGUUGACAAUAAUGCCUCCCUGAAAGGGCUAAUUCCCCCUUCUUCAAGGCUUUAAAAUGGGCUCAGACGAGAGACGGGCCUGACGUUGCCUGACAAGGGAAUGGCAGCGGCAUUUUAGAGCUUGGGCAGCUCAUUUAAGUGCAUUCACAAGGACCAUGGCUCCCCUUGAAGCCAUCCUAGAAACGGCUGCAAGCCCUUGAACCAAUGCAGCCAGAAUGAAUUGUCCUGCUUGCCUGAUAUUUUAGACUCUGGGGAAGGAAAAAGAUUUUGGGGGGGGGGUUGGGGGAGGAGCAAAAAAUUCAAAUCCAUGGGAACAUUUUAAGCCAGAAGAGGAAUUCUUCCUCAACUCACUGACACCAAAAUCUCCCAGUGCUUCAUUGCCCAGCUUGGGCAUCCCAGUGGCACUCACUGAUUUAGGGGCCUUAGGACCCCUCCCUAGACCUAGACUUCAUUUCUGUUGAGUAUAGUCAAUGCCCAGCCUUCUACAGAGGCUGCAUCUCCCUUCCCCAGCCGUGGCGCACUUGGGGAGCUGCCGGAGGCUGUAAAAAUGGCUCAACAUGGGAAAUCAACAGGCUUGUAGAAACUGGGGUCAAGAUUAAGGAUCCAAAGAUAAAGGGCCAAACACAUCCCUGGACUCGCUCCGUUAAAGCUACGGCAAUUAAACUAGGGAUGGCCCCAAAACAAUUCCAAUCUCCAGGGGCAGUGACUGUGUCGUACAUCGGUCCCACCUCCAAAGCCCUCUAUUGAUUCAGAGAACAGGUCCAGUCCUGGCUGUCAGGCCGGCAUCCCACCCACCUGUACGCACGCACUCACUGCUGCCCUCCCAAGGACAAAAGGAUUGGUCAGGCAUCAUGGCUCUCUCAGGGGGCUUACCUUGAGCAUCCUCAAAUCUAGCUGAGUAGAGUGGGAGCUGUGGUUACACACAGAGAUCCCCUGCACCUUGCAGCCCCGAGUCCUUUGCCUCUCUUCUGAGGCCACCAUCCACACGAAAAUACAUGCGAGACAGUGGCAUUGCCCCUCCCCUGUGCUGGCGGUUUGCUUCACGUAUCAUCAAAAGAGCUCACAAGCCCCAGAUACCGACUGGCUUGUGUCCUCUACGCCCGCGACAGGUUGGCAGGAGCUCUGCUUAGUGUCCCAUGUCCUACUUGCACCGCCCAGAGAGCAAAGAGCGGCUAGGCCAGGGGCAGCUCUAACUUUUCAGUGAUGUGUAUUAAUAUGGUUUUGGUUUUUAUAUAUAUAUAAUUUUAUAUAUAUAAUAUAUAUAAUUUUCCCAGUUAGAAUGCUACCCUGCAUAGAGCCCCAAAGAUGUAUACUUGCCUCGUGCUCAUUGUGAGCUCCUGAGAACUCAGGGCCGAAAUAGCUCCCUUUUUGCAUAGAGAGGGAUCAAUGUGGAGAAGAUAGGGCAAGCUGCUACUCACAGAGAUUUGAGUCCUCUUUGCGUUCGGGGGAGAGGCUAGUGUGGAAGGAGGUGAGGCCUCUCACCCACACAGCCUCACAUGCCAGUUACCGCGCUGCAGUCCCCGGUCUGCCAAUAAUGGCAGUCCCCUCUUCAGGGCAGAACCUCCAUGCUGCUAUUUUCCCCUCUGGCAUGCCUAGGCAGUGCAUCUCCUCCAACGGAGCCCACAGCACCAGCAGCGCAUGUCAGCGCUGUUUUGCACAGCGUUCCCUCCCUCCCAUGGGGUUUACCAGAAGAAAACCUGGGUUGGAAUGUGCGUGAGGGGGCUGCUGAUUCCCAGCUCUGCCCACUUGCACUCCCUGAACACAAGACUCCCAUUGUGCCUUGCCUCUGUGCAUAGGUGGGUGAGUGAAGGGGCCACAGUGGGCCCUUUCCCAACCUCCCUCUCCCUUGUGCAGCAGUCCUGAGGAAAAGGUUAAUCUAAUCCUUGGUGUAUAAGGGGUUAACUCUUUCAGGGUCCAAUCCAGCCCCCAUUGGCAUCAGUGGAAAGACUCCCAUUGAAAUCAGUGGGCAUUGGAUCAGGCGGGAGGGACACGAGCCACCAAGCAAAUGCACAAAACAAAAGAUAUAAAGCCACUGAAGGCAGCUGCUCACUUGGUGCAGGUCCCGUGGUACCUGCCUGAUUGCCAGAGAUGUGGGGCCAACACUCCACCCCACAGUAGCCCUGAAUGAGGCAAUCAUCUUCACCUGGAGCAGGCUUGGCUCCAGCUGCUGAUGGCUUCCAUGGUUAGGAAGAGGGAAAGCUAGAUCAGAAAGUGGCGAAUCGUGCGUGACGGGGUGGGAAAACCCGAUCAGCUGCUACCCUCCACCCCCAAACGGACUGCGCUGGUGUCCAUGUUUUCUUGCACAUUCUGCUGCCCCUCACCCCCCAAGGCUGAGACAGGAGGGUUGUGCCAGAGGAUCGUUCAGAGUCAGGUUCCAGCUACCUCCCUUCCAGUUUUGGUUUCACUUGGUUGUAACUGUCGGUUUGUUCUAGGUUUUACCUGUGUUUAAAAAAAAUAUAUAUUAAAAAAAAAACAAAAAAAAAAACCAAACAACGGUUUCUUGCUGCAACUGAUUCAAGUGGGGG